AUGGCCAUUAAAAGUAAUAAACUAGCUAUGAUAGGUUAGGUUGGUUAAGCCGAAAAUGUUCCCCAAAAAUUUGUCGGGACGCUUCGUAAGGUUGCUGCUGUACAAAAAAUACUCAAUUUAUGCAUGUUGUUAUUCCACUGAUGCGCUCAAGACUUCAGAAGUCACUGUACAUUUUCCCAACGGCCGAAAUUUGAACUUGUCCACCGGAAAGUACGCCAAACUUGCCGACGGAUGCGCCAUUGGCACCGUAGGAGACACUUCAGUAAUGGUUACAGUGGUUUCCAAAACAAAACCGAGUCCCGGUAAUUUCCUGCCAUUGGUGGUCGAUUAUAGGCAGAAAUCGGCUGCUGCAGGUCGCAUUCCCACCAACUUCUUCCGGAGAGAACUGGGCCCGACGGAAAGGGAAAUUUUAACGUCUCGGCUGAUAGACAGAAGCUUGCGACCAUUGUUUAACGAUAACUAUCGCUAUGAGAUGCAGAUAGUGUGUAACAUGCUGGCGGUGGACGGUGUAAAUAAUCCAGACGUGAUUUCUAUAAACGCGGCGUCUGCGGCCCUCGCGUUAAGCGAUAUACCCUGGAAUGGUCCGGUCGGCGCAGUAAGGUUAGGUAUGAUCGGUAAUGAUAUCAUAUUGAACCCAACUAGGAAGGAACUGCAAGAGUCUGACUUGAAUUUGGUCAUUUCGGCGACGAAAAGGAACUCAAUUGUCAUGUUGGAAGGCAGUGCCAAUAACAUUUUGUUGCCCGACCUACAGAAAGCAAUCAAGCAGGGCACCAAAGAGGCGCAGCAUAUAAUUACUGCAAUUGAAAGUUUGCAGAAACAGUUUGGUAAGUCGAAAAGAAUAGUCGAGCCUGCAGCAGAGCUGAGCUUAGAGAUAAGCGAAGCUUUCAGGUCAUUGAGUGAGAUGCGAGUGCGCGAAAUAUUGCAAAACUCGGCCUUGGACAAGAUCGCGCGGGACGAGGCACUCAGUGAAGUGCGUGUGAACGUUUUAGAUCAAAUUAGACAGAGUUACCCAGAUGUAGACGUGAAUUUGGCCGCCGAUGGUUAUAAUUCGACUGUUAAGAGUGUGUUUCGUGAUUUACUGUUUGAGAAUGAUAAAAGGUGCGAUGGCAGAGAAUUGGAUGAACUGAGACCAAUUUCGUGCUCUAUCAACUUGUAUAAGCCGCUACAUGGAUCGGCGGUGUUCCAAAGGGGACAAACCCAAGUGUUUUGCACAGUUACCUUGGACUCUCACGAGAGCUCUCUGAAGUUGGAUCCUUUGAGUAUGGUGACGAGUGGCGUGAAAGAGAAGAAUUUCUUUCUUCACUAUGAGUUCCCGCCGUUCGCGACCAAAGAGGUCGGGAGAAUGGGGCCAAUCGGGCGCAGGGAAAUGGGCCACGGCGCUCUCGCCGAGAAGGGCUUAAUGUCCGUCAUUCCUUCCGAUUUUCCUUUUACCAUAAGAUUGACGUCAGAAGUUCUGGAGUCUAACGGUUCCAGUUCGAUGGCCAGUGUUUGCGGCGGCAGUUUGGCAUUGAUGGAUGCCGGAGUGCCCAUUCAAGCGCCGGCGGCCGGCGUCGCUAUAGGUUUGGUGACGCGUUACGACCACGCUAACCAAACCAUCGAAGAUUAUAGACUAUUGACCGAUAUCCUUGGAAUCGAAGAUUAUAUGGGAGAUAUGGACUUUAAAGUGGCGGGCACAAAGAAAGGUGUGACGGCGUUGCAGGCGGACGUGAAGGUGCCCGGAUUGCCGUUGAAAAUCGUCAUGGAGGCUUUAGAGAAAGCGACGAACGCGAAGGUUCAAAUUAUAGGGAUAAUGAACGAUUGCAUAGAUAAGCCGCGCAAGGAGCAGAAGGACAACAGGCCUGUGUGUGAAAAAUUGGAGGUGGAGCCGCACAAACGUGCCAGACUGCUGGGCGUGGGCGGUAUAAACUUGAAGAAAUUGUUUGCGGAGACCGGGGUGCAGGUUUCUCAAAUAGAAGACACGACGUUUCAAAUAUUCGCGCCGAAUCAAAAUGCCAUGGACGAAGCGAAGGAAAUGAUCAACACAAUUUUGACGUCGGAACGCGCUCCGGAGCUGGAGUUUGGCGAGAUUUACAAGGCCAAAAUUGUCGAAGUCAGGGAUAUAGGGGUGAUGGUUACUCUUUACCCGGGCAUGCCUCCCGCGUUAGUACAUAAUUCGCAGCUUGAUCAACGAAAGGUGGCUCAUCCCUCGGCGUUGGGGUUGGACGUGGGUCAAGAGAUCCAGGUAAAAUUUUUCGGCAGGGAUCCAGUUUCCGGACUGAUGAGGUUGUCCAGGAAAGUGUUAUCUGCCGCUAGGUAGCGGGACAUUUCCAUGUACAGAGACUCUUUUUCUAUAUAAAUCUUUUUCGCGAAAUCUUACGUUAUAUGGUGUCUUUAAAAAUUUGUUUUUAUCUAUAAGCGGUAAUAAAACGAUAUUUGUAAA